UCAAAAAUAUUUUCAGGAGAUUUGCCUGAAUUAACAUAUAAAAUUAUAAAUUUUUUACAGAAUGAUUAUUCAACCUUAUAUUCCUGCAUUUUGGUUAACAGAUUAUGGUGUCGUUUAGCGAUUCCAUUAUUAUGGGAAAAUCCUUUUUCAAUUUAUGCCAAAAAACCAUAAUUAUAUCGAAAUUUACUUACUUUAUAUAAAUGAUGAUCUUAAAACAACAUUUUAUAAAUAUAAAGUUAUUAAUAAUUCAUUACCUUCGAGUACACUUUUCAAUUAUCCUAGUUUUUUAAAAUAUUUGAACACAUAUGAGUUUAUAUUUUCUAUCCAGAGAUGGUUUGGAUCUCCUAUUAAAAAGGUAGACUUCGAAAAUAUAUCAUACUUAAUUGAUUAUUACAUAAUAAUUGAUAUAUGUGUAUCACUAUUUACAAUAUUUAUCGAAAAUGAAGUAACUUUACAUACUCUUGAAAUUGAGAGUGCAAGUAUCAUUUAUGAGGCUAUUUAUCCUAGUAACAUUCUUGAGUUAAUUUUACAAAAUACAAAUUUCAUUCACAAUAUUAAAAAUUUAAAACUUCAAAUUAUAGAUAAUAAUAAAUAUAUUACUCAAAUUAUAGAUAGUAUAUCACAAAUAAUUAAUUUGCAACAAAAUCUUAAAAAAAUUUUAAUAAAUCGGCCCGGUUUUCUUUUAUGUCAAUCAUUAUUUUUAUCAAAGGAUUAUAAUUGUUCAAAUACUUUAAAUACAAUCGUUUUCUAUUAUUGCGAUUUUAAAGGUAUUAAUAAUCUAAAAACAGUAUUUGAACAAUUAAAUGUUUUAGAAUCUGUUCAUAUCUUUUAUUGUAAUUCUUUAAAUACUGAAUUUACUCAACAAAUUAUUAAUUUAACAAAACCGUUUAAGUUGAAAUCUUUAUUUAUAAGUAAGGUACUAAUAGAGAUUAAAUCAUUACAACAAUUAUUACAAAAAUCUGGUGGUUAUAUAGAAAAUUUCGGGUAUCGUCUCGAUUUAUCAUUAAAUCAACAAUUAUUAGAAUUAAUUGCAAAAUAUUGUAAAAAUAUCAAUUUUCUUAAUUUUAAUGGACAAGAAAGUGAGAUUGUUUAUCAAAUGUUCAAUUUGAUUGAAAAUAUCAAACAAAAUCUUAAUUAUCUUUUAAUUGAUAUAAAUAAAUAUAAUAGUAAUUCUCCAAAUGGUAAUUUUGAAGGUAGUUCAAUCAUAUUACAAAAUCUAGGACAAGCUCUCCCUUCUAAAUUAGAAUACAUAAGUUUGGCUCUUAUUAUUAAAGAAAGUGAUUUUAGAUUAUUCUUAGAAAAUUCUCAAGAUACUUUUGUCAAUGAAUUGUUAGUAAUACAAAAAGGUAGUGAAGAUAUUUUACAUUAUAUAAAGGAAUAUAUUAUGAAGGAAAGAAGAGUUAAGUAUUUAGCAGUUGAAAAUACUAAAAAUAGAAUAAAUUUAUUUGAUUUGAAAGAUGAAGUGAAGGAAUUUAAGUUACAUAAUAUUAUAGUUCGACAUCGUAAUGAUUUAAAUAUUUCCGUUAAUGACUAUAUAAAGAAUAUCGAUUAA